CACGAAACACACAGAAUGCACAUCAUCUGGCGGGACUCGGCUGAACCGGCCGUCUACGAAGAGGCGCGUGUAGGUCGUGUCUUCAACCACCGUCGUCCACAAAGAUUCCCGUUGGCAGUCGUCAAAGCGACUAGCCAAAGCGACAUCAUUGCAGCCGUGAAACUAGCGGCGGAGAGGAGUUGUCGUGUCGCGGUUCGCUCCGGGGGCCAUUCGUGGGCGGCGUGGAGUGUACGCGAUGAAUCCAUCCUGAUUGACCUGGGGAACUACAAGCACCUGGAAGUGGAUGCCGAGAGUCGCAUUGCACGAGCCACCCCCAGUAUGACGGGAAAGGAGCUGAAUGGCACCUUGAUCAAGGAAUACGGCUUGAUGUUUCCUGGAGGUCAUUGCCCGGACGUCGGCCUGGGUGGCUUCUUACUACAAGGUGGAAUGGGAUGGAAUUGUCGGAACUGGGGCUGGGCCUGUGAAAGAGUCCAAGCAGUCGACGUGGUGACGGCCACGGGCGAGCUGCUGCACUGCAACGCGACUCAAAAUCGAGAGCUCUACUGGGCAGCCAGGGGAGCUGGCCCUGGCUUCCCCGGAGUGGUCUCACAGUACCACCUGGAGCUGAUCCCUUAUCCCAAGAACGGAUUCCGGUCGUCCGGCUACGUGUACCCCAUUCGCCUUUACCGCCAGGCCUUUAAUUGGCUUCUUUCCAUCACUCCUGGCUUUGACGAGGACACGGAAAUCGCCGCUGUAGCUUCCUAUCCAGAGGGUAUCGACGAACUCUGUCUGUUUAUUCUAUUCGUCACCAUGAAGUCCGCACCGGAAGAAGCUGAAAAGGCUCUGCGUCCAGCACAGGAGAGCAGACCGGCCGGAGCCAUCCAAGAAUGGUUCUGCCAGGUUGACAGUCUGGAAAACCAAUACUCCCAGCAAGCCAAGGCCAACCCCGAAGGUCACCGAUACUGCGCCGAGAACGCCUACAUCCGCAAUGAUGCAGACGUUCCCGCCGUGCUGGAGGAGGCCUUCACGACGCUGCCCCACAAAAAGGCAUUUGCCCUCUGGUACGCCAUGUACCCCUGCAGCCGUCGCAAACUUCCCGAUAUGGCGCUGAGCAUGCAGUCGGACCACUACUUCGCGCUGUAUACCGUCUGGGAGGACGAAAAGGACGAUGCCAGGUGCCAAUCGUGGGUGGCUAAUGUCAUGAAGAGAGUCCAACGACACGGAGUGGGUUCCUAUCUAGGAGAUGCGGACUUCCAAGUCCGGAAGACACGGUUCUGGGCGGAUCCCAAUGCCCGACGCUUAAUGGACAUCCGCCGAAAGUGGGAUCCCCAGGGGCGGAUCUGUGGCUAUCUAGACAAGGGGGACCAGUCCGGUACAAAGGGACUUGACAACGCACACGACUUGAAGCUGUGAGCAAUUCAUCGGGGGCUAGCUUGAAGUGUGUUCUUUAGGAUGGUGCGUCUGGCGGAUAAAUGUUCUGCAGGUGGAUGUCUUGGCCCCGUCUAGUAAUGGAGCUAUCUAGUCCUUAGUGCCAUGGCCCACUUGAGGCAAGGGAUGUGUUGUAGGGAGUACACGAUUCGGAGAAAUUUGUCUGUACCUAUACCCUUUGAAAUCGAGCAGUUAGUGUCAUCCUCCAAAAC